UCAAUUUCUCGAGAACAUUACUCCAAAGAAAAAUAAAAUGUUGUCGAAUUGCGGAGGGUGGGAUCGUACAAAAGGACGAUCGGAAAUAUCUUCAACCGUUGAAAUCACUCUUCUGCUUCGCCGGGAUUGGAAUCCGGCGGGAGAGCACCAGCGACCGGCUAAUCCAUUGCAGAUUCAAGGUCAUCUCUCUUACCAAUUCGAACCUAUUUCAAGCAAGUUCAAUUCAAAGCGCAUCUUUCUAGCUCUUCUCUGGCUUUCCUCGACCAUGGGAACACUGCGAAUGAUAGAUAUUGCGGUCAAUUUUACAGAUGGUAUGUUCAAAGGAAUCUACCACGGGAAGCAAUACCACGCAGCUGACAUAGCAGCUGUUUUGAGCAGGGCUUGGAGUGCUGGGAUUCAGCGAAUCAUUGUGACCGGUGGAUCACUCGAGGAAUCAAGGGAAGCCCUUAAAAUUGCAGAAACAGAUGGAAGGCUUUUUUGUACCGUGGGCGUGCAUCCAACUAGAUGCAAGGAAUUUGAAGAGAGUGAUGACCCAGAGACGUAUUUUCAGGCUCUUCUUUCAUUGACCAAAGAGGGAAUUGAGAAAGGAAAGGUCGUUGCAGUUGGUGAAUGUGGAUUAGAUUAUGACAGGCUUCACUUUUGCCCUGCUGAUAUUCAAAAGAAAUAUUUUGAGAAGCAGUUUGAGUUAGCGCACACAACAAAGCUUCCUAUGUUUCUACACAUGCGUGCAGCUGCUGAAGAUUUUUGUGACAUUGUAGAGCGAAAUAAACAAAGGUUCUGUGCUGGAGUUGUUCAUUCGUUCACAGAUAGUGCAGAAGAUCGUGACAAGCUUCUCUCAUUCAGUAAUUUGUACAUAGGGAUUAAUGGUUGCUCUCUGAAAACUGCUGAAAAUCUUGAUGUUGUGAGGGGCAUACCAACUGAGAGACUGAUGAUUGAGACAGACUCUCCAUAUUGUGAAAUCAAGAAUACACAUGCUGGGAUUAAGUUUGUAAAAUCGGUCUGGGCUUCUAAGAAGAAAGAGAAGCAUGAUGAUCAGUGCAUAGUGAAAGGCCGGAAUGAACCAUGUUUAGUUCGGCAAGUUCUUGAGGUCUUGGCUGGAUGUAAGGGUAUCAUGGAUAUCAACCAGCUUAGUGAAACUUUGUACCACAAUACGUGCAGAGUUUUCUUUCCUCAAGACCUGGACUCGGCAGCAGAUGCUCUCCUUGCUGGUUCUCAUGAUCUUGAUGAAAAAAUUUAGUAUAAAUCUGAAACCUACUUUUUGUUAAAACUCUUAUUAUUUUUACACACCAUUAGUUUUGGAAGCAGAAGCACAUUUUUCUCCAAUAUGUUAACUUUUCUUUCAUUACCGAUGCUCCA